AGUCUGUCGAUGUUCUGUUUCGCUCGCGUGCGAGGAGGGUGAGCGGAGCUCGCGUUUGUUACGUUUCCGAAUAUUUGCCGUGGCACUUCACCAGUUCACCCUCGGCGGGCAUGUUUUGCGUUUUUGUUUCUAUGACAUGCUCGAGGGAUACUGAAAAUCCUCCCAGCGACAGGCCCUGACGGCGCGCACCGAGUGAAACGUGCAUGCACUUUCCUUCGUGUUUGGUGCCUCUCAAAUCGAACGCAUCAUCGCUGAACCGAACGUCUCGCUUUGACGUCCAUUCAUCAUGGCUACGUCCGCCGUGGCCAUGAAAUGGCUGGAACUUCUGGAAAAGGAGUUUGACAGGGCCUACCUGGACUUGGACAUUCUUUUGGGAGAGGUGGACGAGGAGCAGUGCGACAUCACGUACGAAGCCCGGCGGAGGAUGUCUGCCCUCAGCAGCGCCUUCGCCCAGCUGUGUCACAAGGCUCAGACUGUGUUCGAAACCAACGAAAAACUGGAGUGUGAACUACAGGAGCUCAAGUCCGAUCUGUAUGAGGCGCAAUCAACUAGUGCUGUGCUGAAUAAGGAGCUUCAGCAUUUGGUGCUGCAGCUGCAUUCAGCCCAGUUGCAAGUGUCUGCGCAGAUGGGGCACGCAGGCGACUCUACUGCAAUCAAGCAGAAACUGGAACAAGAGAUGACUAUGUACCGAAUGGACCUGGGCCGUGAGAUGCAGCUAGAGGCAGAGGUGGCCCAGCUGCGCAAGGAGAAUGCUGCACUUCGCAGGGACAUUGUGUCCCUGCAGAGUGAAGUGUUUGGGGCCAAGCUGGCUGCCAAGUACCUUGACAAAGAACUGGCUGGCAGGAUCCAACAGAUACAACUGCUUGGCAGAGACCUGAACCCAAGUGAACAUGACCGGCUUUGGAAUCAGCUCGAGUCUGAGAUCCACCUGCACAGGCACAAGGCAGUAAUCCGAGCCUGCCGAGGCCGCUCCUCCAAUGCUGCUACCCUGGCUGGGCCAGAGCUUGCAAUGCCUGACGAAGGCACUCCACUACGCCGCCACCAGGGAAUCGGGGAUGUGCGGACCGUGCGGCUGACCAAGGGCAAGGACGAGGGACUGGGAAUCUCCAUCACGGGUGGUCUAGAGCAUGGUGUUCCCAUAGUCAUUUCUGAAGUACUCCCAGACAUGCCAGCCUGGAGGAGCGGCAAGUUGUUCGUUGGAGACGCCAUCCUUGCUGCCAAUGGUGUCGACUUAAGGGAAGCAAAGCACAAUGAUGCUGUCAAGGUUCUUUCGGGCUUGCAAGGUGAGAUUACACUCAAGGUCCUGUAUGUUUCACCUGAUGAGGACAGCGAUGAUGAAACACAAGACAGCCAGCACCUAAGGUACCACUUCUUUUAUCCGGAAGACAUCAGUGAAACUAGCGUAGCUCCAAGUGAUGACGAAAACGGUCUGGUGGAUCGGUCCCUGUCACGCUUUGCCACAUCACCUCACACAACACCUGCCCAUGGGGCCACCACAGCAGUACCUGGUAUUGCAGUGCCUGCUACACCCGAAGCCAGAGCAAAGCCCAACGAGAAUAUCGGCCCAGAAGCCCCUCCUGAAGUCAAAGCCGUUACCCAUGCUUCUCCUGCCAAGUCAGCCACUGAAGUGAAUGGAACCACUGUCACUGAGCAAAGAGUUGUUGCUACGUGAAUGGAGCCAUGAGCUUACCACAUGCUGUGAUGAGCUUAAAAUUUUUUACAGCUUUUUUCCUGGCAGUACAGAACAGCAGUUUUCCAACUCUCCUGCUGCUCUGUGCAGCUCACACACGCUUGUUGUUACUAAAUUAAAAGAUUGUUUGAGUACAAUGUUAUUUCAUCAUUCCAAACAGCUGUUGAUAUCUGUACUUUUAUACACAUUUGUGUCAAUUUUUCUUAGCAUUCAGUUUCAUUAACAAUGUCGAAUAGACUCCUUAAACUAUAGUUUACUUGCAUGUACAAAGUGUGUUUAUGGAGGUGUCUCAGCUUUUAUUGACGAUUUGUAGGGUGUGGCAUGGAAUCUCACAUUUUACUGUCAGUAGCAUAUGUUUGUGUACGUUUUUAUACUUAGCAAAGUGAGGAGUGAUGCUAGCCACAGCCAGAAAGUGUUUUGAAAACUGUUGUCACUUGAGCAUGACUGCUUCAUUAGCUCGUGCUACUGUGAACUGUGUUAAUUUCACACUGCAGCUUAGCACAAUGCACAUUCCACUACCACAGUGCCUUGCCUCAAGGCAAGGCAUCAGGUGUGCUGGUGCCAAAGCAGCUGCACAAGCACACCCGGCAGCUGGGAACAGCGCCUUCUAUGGCAAAGAGGCAUCUUUGUCGCACAAAACGGCAAGAGCUUUUUAUGGUAUUGUGGCCAGAAUAGGCACCAUUUAAUUCGUCAGUGCAUACCAAUGUCUUAGUGGUCGUGUGUAGCUGACAUGAUGACAAAGAGGAUAAUAAAAACACCGCCCAAACACUCCGUACAGAUGGUUAACUAACAAAGCUGAAACGUGCGGCCCGCGUGUUUAUCACUGGGUUAAUUUCAACGGUUCAUCAAACAACGGCUUGGUAGGCUGCUGGAUCCUCUGUACGCAGUUGGUGCUUGCACUCGGCUGCACGAGCCUGUUCUUGUGCCCGUGCUGCAGCACCGGCAGGGCAUAGACCAGCUCAUUCUCGGUUCUGCUCAUUCUCGGUUGCUGAUCAAAAGCUGCCUGCUCCUCAGCAGUACGUAUGGCGCGUGGCCUACCCAUUUCCCCCCCCCCCCCCCCCCCCCGUGCAUGCUCAUGGGCUUGCACCAAAGGACUGUACAGGCGACAGACGGUUGGGCGGACGAAUCGGCUGGCCAUAUACAGCUUCACUGUAAAAAUAAGACAUUGCCCAUGGCCACCACUGCAGAUUGAAAUCGCAUCACCAUGGCAGUAUGAAUCUGGGAGCUGGAUGUUCUAACCGCUCAGGUAUUAUGUAAUUGUGGCUUGGCAUAUUGUGUGGGAUUUGGAGUAUAAGACUGGUUCAAGAAAACUGUGCACGUAUUUCGGAAGCAACAGCAGACAAUACAGUCACGCACCAUAGCUUAUGCAUAAGCAGGCAAAUGAGAGCAAUGAAAGGGCAGUCGCCAGCCAGGUAGCUUGGUCUGUAUAUGUCUCGAAAGCAUUCAAAGCUAAAUUGGCAAUGAUAGACUGCUCAUCACAAGUAUAUACAUUUUUAUUCCCCCUGACAAAGGCUUCCUAUAAUAUAUACUGUGUUGUAUGUUGUGUGGGAUACCUGCCACGGUGACUCAGUGGCUACGAAAAUGCGCUGCUGAGCAUGAGGAUGUUGGUCAGAAUGCAAAAACACUUUUGUGCCAUGCUUUAGGUGUUUCCCACAUCUUUAAAAUUAACCCAGAGUAACCCCCCUCCCUCUGCCCACCCACUACAGCAUACUGCAUAGCCCGCUGUGCAGUUUCGGCAUAAUAAAUCCCAGAAUGUAAUGAACAUGUUGUGCAGAAUGCACUGUAUCUCAAGAAUUUGAGACGUUUUUGUUAUACAUGUUUGUAGCAGUGGCGGCUUGAGAUUGUGCUGCAGUGAAAGCUGGAUUCCAAAAGAAUACAGUAACCUUCCAGUAGUGCUGAACAUGUCCUUCUUUAUUGAUGUUAUUUCAUGCUUAUCAUCCACCACUCCCAAAAGCUGGCAUUUUGGCAAGGAACCCAGUGAUGAAGCUUGAAGUUAAUAGAAUUUCUAGCCUCGAUGGCUUGUUGGCGUGAAUUGUGUUCACAGAUUGUGCAUUGUGCUAUGCUGUGGCAUUGUGAUGGUUACUGCAUAGGUUCCUGCAAGCUUUUUCUUUAUUUUUAAUUUCUGCACGAAAAUGUGUACACGUUGGAACAGCGUCUACGUUAGCAGAAGCAUAUGGGCCACUGCAUACAUGACCAGCAUAUUCUGUAUCAUGUGCUAGGGCUCCUGUGACAAUCCUGGCGCUGUGAAGAUUUUAGGUAGUGAAAACGGGAGUCCUCAUUCUCUAAAGCCACAAGGUGCUGCAGGUGCUAUCGAGGCCAUGCACAUAGCUUUGUCUUAGUUCCAGUUGGAUUCAGUGCAUCUUGAGUAUUUUGGAUGAAGAGUAUGCAAUGAUUGUACCAGAAUAAGCUUUCCAUGUCUUAGCAGCCUUGGAUAAAACAAAUAUAACUGCUUGAUGAAAUUUCAUGCUGGUAUACUAUUGUUUUCUCUCCAUUAGGCUUGCUAAGCCUAAACAUAGUCCUAAAUAUUAUAACAAAGUUUGGAUCUUUUGUACAAGACUGCUUAAAAUUAGUUGAUGCAUGUGGGGUGUUCAUUUUGCACCUCAUGAUUGAAACUUGUGUGAUGAUUGAUUUGCCUAGUGCACUGGUGUAACCACUCCUUAACAGUUUGUAUAUAUAUAUAUAUAUAUAUAUAUAUAUAUAUAUAUACACCCUUAAACAAUGUAUAUGUCAUUGACUGUGGUUGUCAAGCAUAUGAUGUUAAAAACCUUUUGGUGUAGGGAAGUGUAUAGAGCUGCACAAUUUCUUUUGAGGACUUCAAGUGCUGAAAAUUAAUUUGAAGCCCUCCACGACUGUAGCUGUGACAUCAGAGAUGUCACUUUGGAGUGUAAAACCUUGUCAUUUGUUGGCCAGGACUGAAGCUUGGGCUAGUUGCAACAUGAAGACCACUUUUUGGUACUGCUUUACUGAUCUCCAAUCAUUUUUUUGUCCAUAUAAGUUCUUGAAAUAGAUGUGAAGAGUGUUUAACAGAUGUGGUUAGGAAGGCAGGAGGUAGUAAUGAAUGACAAGACAUAAUUACAUACUAAACAUCAUAUUUAAUUUCCAUAUUAGUGUUGAUACUUGCAAUGUUGCGAAAUGAAAAAUUGUAACUUUGCUUGUCCGACAGCAUGUUGUGAAGCAUAAACUUGUGAGACUGUGCAGCUGUGUAUUUUAUUUUGAAGUCUUGUUCCUCACAAAUGUUUAGUAGUCACAUUAUCCAUCGUGAAAAUAGUAGCUUUUUUUUUUUUACCAUAGCAUUUAUUUUUACAGAUCUUUCAUACAUGGAGUGCAUUGAUGUUGCUGUGAAAUACAGGAGCAGAACUGAUUCGCAUACAAAGUUACUACAUUUAUGCAGUGUUCAUUUCACAGCCAUACAGUCACAUCCAUUUUAUUGCUUAGUGUGUGGCACAUGCCAGAAAAAAAAUCAGUCAGUAUUUGUGCCUUUCAUAACAAUUUGCAAAGGAAGUAUAUUCUGCUGUGUCAACAUUAGUUAUUUAAAACACAGAACUGUUGUAGAACUCCGCUUGUGAAUGAAACAUUAUUUAGCACUGAAGCUAAAAGUGGCACUGAAGCUGUUAUCAACAAAGUAUUUCACUGUGAGGAACUUGUAUACAGUAUCACAGUUUUGCCCUAGACAACUGUAAUGCACUUGGUUCAUUAUGCUAGGCUUAGGUGACUACUGUAUAGAUUUUCUCUAAAGUCUUCUUGUAGCCUAUGAAGUUCACACACCAGUUCUAAGUUUUUGGUUUAUUUUGUCUCGCACACUACUGGCUUUGCUUAGUGUGUGUGAAAUUCGCAGUAUGCUUGUUGAUGUGAUUGCAGAAAUAGCAUUUUUGUGCUAGUGUAACUCUGACAGGUCUGGGAGAAACAGCAAAGGAUUGAAAGAACCUGCUUGAGCAUUUCAAGCUCAAGCAUUGCAAACAAUAUCUUCACUUGGAACACACCAUCUCAUCAGCAUCAAAUGUGCUACAAGAGGGUUGAAGUUCUCAGUUUAGUGAUUUGCUUCCAUUGAAGCUGCUGCUUUAGGAGAUUAAACAGCCAGCUCACAGUAAAGACUGGCUCAUAAGGCAACCCAGGAGAUCGAAAUACAUCACUGUAGUGUACAGUCUGAAGCAACUUGAAAGUGUCCGCCCCCCUGCAGAGUGAUAAUUGAACAGCAUCAAAACACAGUACUGCAGCCAGUUUUAGAAAUUGCUCCAAGCUUGGUUCAUUAUUUGGUUUCACAAUGCUUAGCAACAUCCACAGAAAAAUAGAUCUGUACAUGUGUUGGUGCUUAUGCAGUAACACAGUCAAUGUAGUGGCGCUAUAGCUCUGCAAAUCUGUGCAGAUAUGAGCAAUCUUGUGUAAUUGUGUGUUAGAAGUGGUCCAGUAUGUUAUAAUGUAAAACUACUGUUGAUGCUUUGCCUUCAUCUGUGCCUUUGCCAAAAUAUUUUUCAGUACUUAUAAGCUGCUUCAACCACAAAAUAUUUGGCAAGAUUUUACUGGCAGCAUGUGCCUGUCAUCUCAUAUCUAUCCAUUUGAGUGCUCCUACAUGCAGUGUACUGGGCCAAUCCCAAAGAUGGCCAUGUUUGGUUAAACUUGCACUGCAAUCUUGCAAUCCACAUAUGGAACCCUGAACAGCCACUUACCCGUAAAAAACAGCUGUUUUUCCACAAAAACCUUCUCCAAAUCUACCUAGGGUCUAGUGACUGCUUGGCCAAUUGCCUUCAUGCUGUUCCACGCUGUACAGCAAAAGAGAAUGUCAAUUGGCUUUAUCCUAACAGGGCGUGUUCAUAAUGCAUAUACCAUGUGUAUUUGGCUGAAACACACUGUGCGAUCUUUAUUUGAAACAUGCAGUACAGUCCAGUACGAGAUUCAGCUUGUUACCCAGUGACCGGCACUGCGGGUGAAUUAUCCAGGUGCAAAAAUGUGGUCGCCUGCGUCUGUAGUCUGAUGACAUGAGAGGAGAGCUGUUGUUGCAGAAAUGACACUGCAGCUAACACUGUCUUUACUUCUGUGCAUCAUCUACUCAAACUUGCUGCUCACACUUUUUUAUGUUGCAUCACAUAUCAGGCUGUUCUAUACUACUUUUACCCACUGCAAAAAAAUUUUGUAAAACACAGCUCCCAUAUCUGGUGUGAAUGUCUAGUCCUAAGCCACACAUUUUAACAUUGCAUUUGUUAUUCAGUGUUCCUUGAAUCUGGGCAUGUUACAUUGACUUCUCAUUGCAUGCGAGGUGCAUAACUUACAAACAUAGAAAUAAAAUCAUAAAAUGUGUUGUCUUGCA